GGCAACAUGAUUAAGCGAUGAGAUGAGAGCAAAAUGAGGUGGUUCCAUCACCACCGGUUACAACCACAACACUCUAUCUACUUCUUUUCUUUUCUCUUUCAUGGCUUCUCUCAGAUUUUCUAUUUUCAUCGAUACCUUCGAUUCAAAGACCUCAAUCCCUGCUAUAUCUUGUUACGGAGCUUUCCCUUUCAAAUCCCUACUCAAAACGAAGUACAUUCAUAUCGACGCUAACUUCAAUUUCAAGCCUAAGGUUCGGAACAAGGCUCGGGUGGCGAAGCGAGUGCCAAACCCACAAAUCGGAGCUGAAUUUAGGUUGGGCUACGAAGCCAAGAACAGUGCUCCACUAGCAAUUGAUAAGUUCCUCGUGCGCCGUGACGGCGACGAUGCUGACGUGGAUUACUCUUCAGUUGGUCCUGAACUAAGCACGGAGCAUUGCAAUGCGAUCUUGAAAGUGCUUGAGAGGACGAGCGACAACGCCAAAACGAUGUCGUUUUUUGAGUGGAUGAGAGGAAUGGGGAAAUUGGAGCAAAACGACCGUGCUUACAACAUCGUCCUUCGUUUGCUGAGCAAGAAGGGAGAUUGGGAAGCUGCAAAGAAAUUGGUUUUGGAAAUGAAAACCAAAUUCGGAUCCGAAUUGAGCUUGCAGGCUUUCAACACUCUCAUAUACGGUUGUCGGAGGCAGGGUUUAGUGGAAUUGGGGGCGAAGUGGUUCCGACUGAUGUUGGAUUCCGGUGUGGCGCCGAAUGCGGCGACGUUCAGCAUGUUGAUGGGGCUUUACAGGAAAGGAUGGAACAUUGAGGAGGCAGAGUUCAUGUUUUCUCAGAUGAGGCAGUUAGGGAUGUUGUUUGAACCGGCAUAUUCAGGUAUGAUUACGAUAUACACCCGUUUUAGAUUGUAUGAAAAGGCAGAAGACAUAAUUAGCUUGAUGAGAGAAGACAAAAUUGUUCCUAAUAUGGAGAAUUGGUUGGUGAUGCUGAAUGCUUAUAGCCAGCAAGGAAAAUUGAGGGAUGCUGAGAAGGUUUUGGUGUUAAUGCAAGAGGCAGGGUUCAGUCCCAAUAUUGUUGCAUAUAAUAUUAUGAUAACUGGGUAUGGAAAAGCUUCCAAUAUGGAUGCUGCUCAGAAGUUGUUUGUGAAACUGAAGAAUGUUGGGUUGGACCCUGAUGAGACCACUUUCCGUUCUAUGAUUGAGGGAUGGGGUAGAGUUGAUAAUUAUGUAGAAGCCAUGUGGUAUUAUAAGGAGCUCAAGCGGUUAGGGUACAAACCGAAUUCGUCGAAUUUGUACACUAUGUUAAAGUUGCAGGCUAAACAUGGAGAUGAAGAAGGUGCUGUUGGAACUCUUGGAGAUAUGGUGGAGGCUGGAUGCCAGUACUCUUCUAUGCUUGGUACUCUAUUACAUGCUUAUGAAAGUACUGGCAGGGUUGAUAAAUUGCCGCUUUUGUUGAAGAUGAAUAGGAGCUGUUACGAACACAUUCUUGUUAAUCAACAUUCUUGCUCCUCUCUGGUCAUGGUUUAUGUAAAACACAAGCUGACAGAAGAUGCUAUUAAAGUGUUGAAGGAGAAGAAGUGGUGUGACGAGCCUUAUGAGGAUAACUUGUGUCAUCUUUUGAUUUGCUCGUGCAAAGAGGCAGGUAUGCUGGAGAAUGCUGUUAAGAUAUAUAAUCAAAUUCACAAGAAUGUUGAUAAGCCUAACAUGCAUAUUUUGUGCACCAUGAUUGACAUUUACAGUGUCAUGGGCCUCUUCAAUGAGGCAGAGAUGUUGUAUAUGAAGUUGAAGUCUUCAGGGAUUCAGUUGGAUAUGAUUGCCUUUAGCAUUGUUGUUAGAAUGUAUGUCAAAGCUGGAUUGCUAAAAGAUGCUUGCUCUGUUCUGGAUGAAAUUGACAAGCUCCCAGACAUUGUGCCAGACAUCUUUUUGCUACGUGAUAUGUUUCGUAUUUACCAAAGAUGCAACAAGGUGGAUAAAUUAACUGCCCUUUACUACAAAGUCUCGAAAGAUCGUGUGGAUUGGGACCAGGAACUAUAUAAUUGUGUCCUAAACUGCUGUGCGCAGGCUCUGCCAGUAGACGAGCUUUCCAGGCUUUUUGAAGAGAUGCUAGACCGUGGAUUUACCCCUAACACGAUUACUUUCAAUGUCAUGCUUGACAUCUUUGGAAAAGCUAGGCUCUUCAAGAAGGUUAAUAGGAUUUUCUGCAUGGCUAAGAAGCAGGGUCUGGUUGAUGCGAUAUCUUACAAUACUAUCAUUGCAGCAUUUGGUAAAAAUAAAGACUUCAAAAACAUGUCAUGGAUGGUUGACAAGAUGCAAUUUGAUGGGUUUUCAGUUUCCCUUGAAGCCUACAAUUCUAUGCUGGAUGCUUACGGGAAAGAUGGUCAAAUGGAAACUUUUAGAUCCAUAUUGCAGAAGAUGAAGGAAUCAAACUGUGCCUCUGACCACUACACAUACAACACCAUGAUCAAUAUCUAUGGGGAGCAAGGAUGGAUCGAAGAAGUUGCUAAUGUUCACACUGAAUUGAAAGAAUGUGGCCUUGGACUUGAUUUGUACAGCUAUAACACAUUGAUUAAGGCUUAUGGAGUUGCAGGGAUGGUUGAAGAUGCUGUAGAUUUGAUCAAGGAAAUGAGAGAUAAUGGAAUUGAACCAGACAAGAUAACUUACACUAAUCUUAUCACCGCACUGCGCAGAAAUGAUAAAUUUUUAGAAGCUGUUAAGUGGUCGUUGUGGAUGAAGCAGAUGAAAUUGUGAAUAAGGUUAAAUCAUGUCAUAUCAGUAUAUAAGUUGCCUCUGACCUAACCUGUUUCUUUUGAGAAUAACAUGGCCUUAAGGUCCUACUUGAGGAUAAUUAUCUCUGAUCUUACCUACACCACAAAGAUAUUUCUGUAUAAAUAUUAAAGUCAUUCAUGGUUGUUUACAGUUUAUUUAUAAUUAUAUAUAGUAUGUCAAACCAUAUUAUUAUAGGAACAUUUUCUUGGGUAUACUUUGUACAUUUCAUGUAUCAUUCU